AUGUUCCAAGUGCGCGCUUCGCUGGCCGUGUUCGCCGUGUCUGCUGGUUCGGCCGUAUCCCAGCAUCACGUCUUCUCAACCACCUGCGCAGGCAAGACAUACACGUAUAACGAGCUCGCAGGAUACGGCUUUGUCCGUAGCGAUGCUCUGGACAAAUUUGGAGACUCCAUCAGCCUGGGCUCAUCCAUCGCAAUUACGUCUUGGUCCAAAAACGGCCCCAAGUAUCAAGGCAGGCUGUACGGCUUGCCGGACCGCGGAUGGAACACGCAGGGCACAAUCAACUUCCAGCCGCGUGUCCAUGAAUUCCUCGUAACACUGACGCCCAAUACGAGCGCGAGUGCUGCUCAUCCGUCGCCCCCAAAUGUCGCCUUUGUAUACCAGAACUCGACUCUGCUCACCGGCCCAGAUGGCACGCCCAUGACCGGCCUGGACGCGGACCAGACGGGAGGUUUGCAAUAUCCCGGUUUCCCACUCCUCCCAGCAGCAACAAGCGCCGGAGAUGGCUUUGGCGGACAGGGCCCGGGUUGGAAACGCGUUGCGCUCGACCCAGAAGCACUGGUUCUCGCCAAAGACGGCGGCUUCUGGAUUGGCGACGAGUACGGCCCGUAUAUCUACAAGUUUGACAAGAAUGGCAGAAUGACGGCCGCCGUAGCGCCGCCGAAUGCUCUUCUCCCUCUGAGAAACGGCACUGUGAGGUCAGUAUUCCGUCUUGAAGGGGCCGUAUUCGGACUGACAAGGAGGCAAUGUGGCAGCUUCUCGUCAAACAACCCUCCAGCGUACAAUCUUACCAAGAAGCCUAUCCCAUCUAACCCGACCCAGGGGCGCCAGAAUAACCAGGGAUUCGAGGGAAUGACGGCCAGUCCGGAUGGGCAGACUCUAUGGGCGCUUCUUCAAUCCGCCGCUGUCCAGGACGGCGGGUCGAGCUCGAAAACCCGUCAAUACACCCGCCUGCUGCAAUACUCGACCGAGGACAAGCAAGCUGUCGUGUACCAGGGGGAGUAUGUCGUGCCGCUGCCUACCUUCAAGGACGCCUCUGGCAAGACUGCCGUAGCUUCGCAGUCCGACAUGCACUUCGUCUCGGACACGCAGUUCUUCUUCUUGCCGAGAGACUCCAACAACGGAGGCAAUCUGUCCAGCUGGGAAUCGAUAUAUAGACAUGUUGACAUCUUUGACAUCUCCAACGCGACGAAUGUCAAGGGGCCUGCACACGACGCCUUUAAUGCGUCGAUUGCGAGCACAGUCUGCCCCUUGAUCGAUUUCAACGUCAAAGCGCAGCUGAGUAGAUUUGGCUUGCACAACGGCGGUCCUCGGGAUGGCGGGCUGUUGAACGAGAAAUGGGAGGGCAUUGCUUUGGUCCCAGUCGAGAACGAAGACGGGAAGCACAGUGCAGAGGAGUACUUCUUGUUCGCAUCCUCUGACAAUGACUUUAUUACUCAACAUGGGUUUAUCAACUUUGGAAAAACCCCGUACGCGGAUAAAUCAGGACUGAAUUUGGACCACCAGAUGUUGGUUUUCAAAAUCACUCUUCCAAAGGGCAGCAGGCCGCUCGUGGGCUAG